CUGUUUUAAAAAGGUCUGGGGUCUGCGGUCUCUUCACACAUUCAACUCCUCCAUCGUCUCGACUUACACGAGCAACUUUGCCACCAUGACUACCGUCUCGGAAGCGGUCACAUCUCUGAAGGAGCUCUUCGAUAAGUACGCCGGAAACAGCGACGAGAAAGGAACCCUGACCAAGAAAGAGCUCACAGAGAUGCUGCACAACGAGGUUCCCGGAACAGAAGACAUGAGCAAAGCGGAAAUAAAGGACUUUUUCGACUCUCUGGAUGAAGACGGCGACGGCCGAGUGGAUUUCAAGGAGUUUGUCAGCUUCGCGGUGACCCUCAGCAUGCUCUACGAGAUGGCCUGAACGCUCUUCAGAACAACUUUUUUUUCUAGAUUAAUGAAUGCAUAAAUUAAAAAAUAAAAUAAAAAUGAGUGCUUCCAAUUAUCAAGAAGGAAAACCAGAUUUAAACACACAGAUAUCAGUCAUGGAUGGACUGACAUGGAGAUCUGAGGGAAGUGAAAUGUGCUGAAUUUGGAGAUUUUGAUUCACAGAAGUGACCAAUGAAGAAAAUAAAAGAUUUCACAUUUUGAAA